CAUUGCCUUUUAGCCAGCCUACCCAACUGCCUUGAAGAUGGUCUCUUUGGCACACUGUUGCCGACGGCCCGAGGCACUGCUGACUGCCUCCCAGCCGGGUUGUCAGCACCAGUUAGCCUAUUUGGUCCUGCUGGGGUCGAGCACUUGCGUAGGUAUGCGCCAAUUUCGACCACGGGAUGCCUGUCAGAUCUCAGUAGCCCUAGUCAGGCUGAUAUAAUUCGUCGUGGCCAUCGAAGUGUUGGCUGCCUAUAUGAUCUUACCCCAAUCAUUCGGCUUUCAACGUCUCAGCUGGAAGCAGAGAUUGAUGCUGUACGCCUCUCAACUUUAUCGAAUCCUAUGGAAAGUGGGGAUAUUUACAGUGAUAUUCAUUCUGAGGAUAGAAAAACUAGCAUGAAUGUCCAGUCACAUAUAUUGGUUCCCAUUCAGCCUAGCUCCAUAGCUCUCAAUUCAGCUUUGCCCCUUCUGACUAACCUAGGCCACUACAGAGGGCCCCAGCCCAAGCGAACUAAACAGUCCACUAGUGGAUAUGGUACACGAAAAGGUAAGCAAAAUAAUGAUGAGAACCACGAUCAAGAAAAUCCAAACGGCUUGAUGAACAACUUUACCAUUGACUCGAAAGUUGAGAAGGACUGUAUGAACGAAUCUGAGGCCGCUAUUCGCUUGGUUGAUAGCCACUCCUGUCUUGAGUUGGUCGCUCGUUUUCCAUUUCCAGUCUGGUUAUCUCAACUUCAAUUGACUACAUCAGAGGAUGCCCCUUUUGCUUUGGCCGGACCCUCAGCUAUAAGCUUGCAGUUUUAUCGUGACCUGCCUAACCCAUUUUCCUGCUCCACCGAUUCUAUGUUGUGUCCUGAUAUCACAGAAGUUUGUUCCUGGCGCUCACGAGCUGUACUCACGGGCAUAUUUGGCAUUGAUGGUUUUUGUGGAACUAGCCAAAUUCAUGCACAACCGGCCAAUGGUGGUUUUCUGCCUCGGCCUUAUUCUUUUCAACCCCGAAUGGAUACAGCUUUCUCCUCCCGGACGUCAGCGCUUAAAGGCAAUAAAUCAAGGUUGGAGCUGAAGCCAACUCGUAAUUACGCCACAAGAACUUCAAACUUAGGAAACAGCAAAGUCAGCUUGUCAGCUCGGCAUGCUAAGCUUACCUUUCCUGCCUGUCUUGUUACUCAUGUUCUUGUACGCCUUUACGCCGAAUCUGAAGAUGAACAGAAUUUAACUUAUACGCUUAAUACGCAUAUAUCCGAGUUACCACAGACAGAUCGACGCCAGAUUCGGUUGGCUGAGAUCACAUUCUUUGGCCGUUUGACUGGCACUGCGUCCUCGGUCUCAAAGUUACCAAAGACUGACUUGAAUCUUAGCAUACCUAUAUCCCGGAACUUUGAACAACCUGACCUUACUAUAUCCGAUCAUAAUUUUUUACUUGAAUCAGUUCCUUCUAAUUCUUAG